CUCCUGACGGAACUGAACCCACUGAAAGUUACUGAAAGACAGACAGCAGUGUUUGAAAUCUGCCUGCCAAAGGAAGUGCAAAACUUCACCUGGAAGCUUAAUGGGAAAGAAUUGAAGUACGAAAUCAUCACAUCUGAUGAUGGAUUGGCCCACACUAUGAAAAUUAAGGGUGUUCUGUCCAGUGACUUUAAAGAACUCAGUGUUGAGACUGGAGAUCUAGUGCAGAACGCUCCACUCUUCAUUGAUCGGGUUCCAAUUCAGUUCGUCAGCAAUCUCAAGAACAGCCAAGUGAAAAAGAAGGGAAAAGCCUGCCUGGAGUGUGUGCUGACUUUUGAAGAUGUCACCCUGAAGGGGAUUUAGAAUGGACGACUGAUUGAGAGGUCUCCUCAGUACAUCAUGAAGCAUGAAGGGAAGAGAGCGGAGCUUAUCAUUAAUGCUGCUGAGCUGAGAUACAUGCAGAUAAUAAUUAAGGACUUCCCUUUGCUGUAUAAAGCGUUUUUCUGUUCACAUGCUUCCACCGGGAUUUCUUCCAGAGACAUUUGCACUGUCGGAACCAUGUGUGAUGUUCAUGCUCUGGUUGGGGAUCCUGCCGAGCUCUGUGUUGUCCUGAAUGAUGCAAAGGUAGAAAGAAUAUGGCUCAAUGAUGGCAAAUAGAUAAAAUGCCCAUGGAUCUGGAUAGCGAAGCAGGGAGCCAUCUACAAACUUAUCAUUGACAGAAUGGGAGAGGAGCAUGAAGGGAGGUACACAUUCAGACCCAAGGGGGCAGAGAGUGGAGCAACAGUUGCCGUUGGAGGUAGCCGCUCCAUCUCCUUAUCUGUCCUCAAGCUUUUUGCUGCACACAGUGUUACUGUGAAGACUAAGCAUACAGAAAGCAUCAAGGUGCCUCUCAAGGCAAAGCUAGUGCCCAAAGUCACGUGGUUCAAAGACGGUAUUGAGGUGACAGAGGAAGAGAAGGUGGUGGUGGAGAAAGCCAGUGAUUUGUUACUCACAAUCAAAAUCUGUGUCAGAGAAGACAGUGGAGCCAUUAUGCUGAAUCUGAAAAAUGAUGGCUCGGCUUCUGACAAUCCUUACCUCAAUUUCCUUAACAAACUAAAACCGCCACGAGGGAAAGCAGAGUUCCUGAACACAUGGGGAAAAUGUAAAAUGAGAUGGAAAGCACUCAAAGGCAAUGGAGUAAAGCAGGUGACUCAUUUAGUCACCAAGAGGAGGAUGGCUGGAAAAAAAUCGUGGAUCAAAGUAGGGGUGGUGGAGAGCAACUGCACCACAUUUGCUAUGGAGAAGGUGGAGCAAGGGAAAGCUUACUAAUUCAGAGUAUGUGCCAUCAACUCUGAGGGCCUCAUCGAGCCCCUGGAAACAGAAGAAGUUUUUGCUGGAGAACCUAUUAAGCCUCUGAGACAGGUGUCUCAGCCUCAAGUUGUAGAUGUUUCGAAAGAAGCUGUCACCAUCACCUGGAACUCCCCAGCCCAGGAUGGAGGCUCCCCAGUGCAAGGUUACACGAUAGAGAAAAGGAAGAAGGGCAGCAAUCUCUGUGUCCGAGUCACCAAGGAACCAGUCCAAGGUACCAGAUUCAAAAUGGAUGGUUUUCUGGAGGAUACAGAUGAGUUCCAUGUGAUAGCGGUGAACCAUGCGGGCCCUGGACUUCUCAGCAUCCCUCAACCUCUCGUUGCAAAGGAUUCCAUCAAGCCUCCAGGACUGCUGAAGGUGGUGGAUUUUUCCAACUCCAGCAUUUCCUCAGCCUGGCAGGAGCCAGACCAGGGAGGUGUGCUGUCAGGCUACAUACCAGAGAUGUGAGCUGAGGACACCAAGAAAUGGACAAAAUGCACCAAGAUCCCUAUCUCUAGUACCACUUACACUGUGGGAGGCUUGCAGGAGAGCAAAUACUACUUCUGAACCCAAGCUGUGAAUGAAGCUGGUAUGGGAGAAGCAGUGGAAGGAAUUCGAGCAAUGCCACCUUCAGGUUUGAUGUGA